UUAUCAUUCGGACUUGCAGAAGCCUGUGUUGGAGUUCUGUGACCGACGAGCUAGAUCAACAUGAGAGUCUUGGCAGCUAUCUGCGUGUUCGCCGUCGGCGUGAGCGCACAGGUUGGGCCUGCAGGCAUCGUGAGCCCCGAUGGGGUGAACACCCAGUUCUCCCACGACUUCGCCCAUGACAUUGUGCUGGUUGGACCCGCUGGCAUCGUGACGAAGUCUGGCGCCAACCGCCAGCUUACCCACGGAGAGGCCACCCUUCAUGUUGCCACAGCAGCUGCUCCCCUCCCCGUGGCUCAGUUGGUGUCCCAUCGUGGCGUGGUUGGCCACUCUGGCAUCGUUCGGCCUGAUGGCAAGAACGUCCAGUUCACACAGGCUCAGGCUGACAACAUCGUGCUGGUUGGCCCCUCUGGCAUCGUGACCAAGGACGGCUCCAACAUCCAGCUGACCGACGACCUCCACUUCGUCCAGAAGCGCGAUACCUAUGGCCAUCUGGUGGGAGCCUCAGGAAUCGUCACCAAAGAUGGCCAACUGAUCCAGUUUGAACCUGGUGUGUUUGUGGUCAGCGCUGGUCCCUCUGGCGUCGUUCUGUCCAACGGAAAGAACAUUCAGCUCAACCUUUGCCACCAUAUGCUUAAGAUAUCGAAGAUCAACAUGAGAGUCUUGGCAGCUAUCUGCGUGUUCGCCGUCGGCGUGAGCGCACAGGUUGGGCCUGCAGGCAUCGUGAGCCCCGAUGGGGUGAACACCCAGUUCUCCCACGACUUCGCCCAUGACAUUGUGCUGGUUGGACCCGCUGGCAUCGUGACGAAGUCUGGCGCCAACCGGCAGCUUACCCACGGAGAGGCCACCCUUCAUGUUGCCACAGCAGCUGCUCCCCUCCCCGUGGCUCAGUUGGUGUCCCAUCGUGGCGUGGUUGGCCACUCUGGCAUCGUUCGCCCUGAUGGCAAGAACGUCCAGUUCACACACGCCCAGGCUGGCAACAUCGUGCUGGUUGGCCCCUCUGGCAUCGUGACCAAGGACGGCUCCAACAUCCAGCUGACCGACGACCUCCACUUCGUCCAGAAGCGCGAUACCUAUGGCCAUCUGGUGGGAGCCUCAGGAAUCGUCACCAGCGAUGGCCAACUGAUCCAGUUUGAACCUGGUGUGUUUGUGGCCAGCGCUGGUCCCUCUGGCGUCGUUCUGUCCAACGGAAAGAACAUUCAGCUCAACCUGUAAAUUAUUUUUUCCAUUCUAAUCUAAACAAGAUUUUUUUUUAAACCAUCCUAUCUCGAUCUGGUGGCUAAUUUAGCAAUUUGAUGAAUUUAUAUUUUACCAAAUAAAGAUUUAUAGACAA